AUGAUGAGAAAGUCGUUUUCUUCCACCCUAUUGAUCCUACUGAUCUCGUUUCCAACGGUCAUAACCACUUCAAGGAAUGAAGAACCCAGACUGUGCCAUUCUCCCGAAUUGUACGAUGAUUUCCCCAUGCUAUGUCAAAUGCUCGAUCGACUUCGUGAGGAUGGAGAUGCGCUUGCGGAUGAAAUUACUGCAUGGGCAGCAGAACAUCAGCUUCUAGUAGGAGAGGGUUGGGAUAUGACGAACGCCAAGCAGCUUGAGACUACUCUCUCGUCGUCGGCUACCUCCAAGCUUCCAGUCGUGUUUGCGCAUGGGAUGGGUGACAGCUGUUUCAAUUCCGGAUUUCAGAAUCUUGUCAAGCAUACUUCGACACUCUUGAACGAUGUCUACAGUGUGUGUAUCCCAACGGGGAAAGACAAGUCGGAAGAUACGACAAAUGGAUACCUUCUCAACAUGGACGCUUCUGUAGAUGUCUUUGCUGAGGGUAUCAAGGCUGAUACAAUGUUGAAAGAUGGUUUUCAUGCGAUUGGUUUGUCGCAAGGUAAUAAUGUAAUUCGUGGAUACAUUACCAGAUACAACGAACCUUCAGUCAAUACCUUCAUUUCCAUCAAUGGAGUAAAUGCUGGUACCGGAGCUUUGCCAAAUUGCUUCCCUAGUGUCGACAAUGAAAAUGGUGGCAAGAAAGUAGGCAGCGUUUGUUCGCUCUUGACCGAACAAGCCAGCAAAAGGGCGUACUCGGACUUUUACCAACAACACAACUUUCAAGCAAACUACUGGCGUGAUCCAAAUCACCAGGAUGAGUACCGCAAGUUCAGUCAACUAGCAAGAUGGAAUAAUGAAGGAGAACCAUUCAAUCAAUCUUACAAAGACAACUUCCUCAAAACAAAAAAGUUUGUCUGGGUGAGGGCCACAAAAGAUGGCAUGGUAUGGCCAAGUGAGGGGGAGCACUGGGGUGCCGCGGAUCCAGCGGCACCAUUGAAGCAUAUCUUGCCGCGCAAUGAAACUGAAUGGUAUAUUACUGAUUCCUUUGGUUUGAAAACUGCGGAAGAAGCUGGCAAGAAUCAUUACAUCUCCUUUGAGGGUGACCAUCUCCAGUUUUCCAUGGAGGACUAUACUGAUUGGGUCAACAAAUACUUGGGAGACUCUGAAUCGGUAACGAUGUAA